AUGGCUUUAUUCCUACACAACCCCGAACUAUUUGGAUCUUCUUCCCCAGCCAACAGCCCCAUAUGCGAAGUAUGCCUCGCUACCUCACUCCAACCGUCACCUCUAAAUUCCACCACCGCUCCAGGACCCAUCUACACGCUGCCCCGCUGCAACCACACAACCUGCCGCACCUGCCUCACAACACACUACGGCGCAACCCUCAGCCCACAUCGAGACAUCACAUGUCCCACCUGCCUGCAACCAUGCGGCUUCCAGCUCAAACCGCCACACUUCACGCUCUACAACACGCGUCACCGAAAGUUCCUAUCGCAAGGCCGACAUAUCCCCAUCCUCAACCCAGCAUCGCCCCACUACGCAGGCACACAGCCCCUCCUGCUCACUCGCGCAGACUCCCUCGCUAUCCUCGCCGCCCUCCAGAACGACGCCUCCGCACACUACGGCACCACACUCGCCACAGAGAACAUAUCCCACGUCGCCGUGUUCCAGAAACUGGGCCGCUACCUAGCUAACUGUGAAGCCGUACGACUCACCACGCCGGAGCUGCUGCAGGCCGAGUUUAAGCUUAUGAUUGAGGAGCUAGUGCUGGAGCAUGUGCUAUUACAGCCGGGGGCCAAGUAUCAUUCCCUUGCGAAGAAUUUCCGGACGGAGGAUGCGGAGAGGGAUUUCGAUAUGCUGUGCCAUUUUGUGAGGGGUGUGAAGCUUAGGCAUCCGGAGUUUAGGGUCUUUUUGGAGAGGUGGGAGGGGGUUGUUAGGUGGUUUGUCGGCGUUGUGGCGAUGCGGUGGUGGGAGAGGUUUGAGUUCGCGAGGUGA